CGAAAAGUGUUCGAGAUCCAUGUUUUGGCUUUCUAUUCUACCGGCAUGGUUACGUACUUCGGUAGGAAUCCGAAUCUCUCGAAAUCAAUUUCCGACCUUGCAGCUUGAUGAAAUAAAACUUCCCAGGCAAUCAAAGGCAGAGAAUAAAUGUAAUAUCAAAAGCAACCCAGGUUUGCUCACUCAUCGUCAUCUCGUCUGCUCUUGCCUACUUUACCUUGUAUACGGCUUUUGAAACAGCCAUAACUUUAUUCAUUCCGUUUCGUUUUUUUUUUGAUUACAAUUUUUGGCUCGCCUAUCAUCUAACUGUAACCCGCCGUUGUCGAGGCUCGUAAAAAUACUCAUCUUUCUAUUUGACUUUUUACUGUCGCCGUCCUCGUCGUCGUUCCCCUGAUCUUUAUCGAGAACCACGGCAUACGUAGUGCAACAAUGGUUGCGUCCCCCACCAAGACCCUCUUAACCUCUUUGUGGUUGUGGGACUGUGGUAAACGAGCCCUCAGUUGUGGUAGUGGGACUCUGUUUCGGAAGCAUGACUGGAUGUAAUGUGCGCAGGUUUUGUGUGCCAGUUUGUGCUCCUGCCACGCUUUACAGCUAAUCGCUUCCAUGUACGCCCAGGACCUAGGCGCUCAGCUCGGGCUCCUCUAGAAUCUCUGCGCUAGGGACAAAGACGGCGGGAUGCCUUCCGUUUCGUGUUAUCUGUGAAGCUGGCUGCGGGACAUGUUUUUCCAGACAGGUCGCGGGAGUACUUUUUGUGUAGAGGCUUUCCUUCGUGACCUUUUCCCGCCCCUUUUUCUUUCAGGAGAGUGUUGUGGUAUAGUUUGCGGGACGUCGAUAGUCUCGGCUUCACGCCUAAGGGCUUUUCGACAGCGCUUCGGAAGAGGGAUUCCGAUAUUCGAAAGGGCCUGCAGUAAAGCAAGCCAACUCAAGAGGCCCCGGGUCUUGAGAAGUCUCCUUUCGCCAGAUUCAGAAAAUAGUUGGAAAUAAGUUGGAAGCCAACUUUUUUCUGUUUCCCAUACUAAGAGUCCCUGAUCCAACUUAUUUUGAACUUGUGUCCAACUUAUUCCCAACUAUUUUUUGAAAUUGCCCAGGGCCGCCAAUUUCUUUUUGAAUUGUGUCGGGGGCGCCAAUUUCUUUUUGAAUUCCAUCUCUCCCGCCAAUUUCUUUUUGAAUUCCGUUCAGGCCGCCAAUUUCUUUUUGAAAUUGCUCAGGCCCGCCAAUUUCCUUUUGAAAGUGGGCACUCUGUAUGAUGUCGCUAUGGUAUUGAUUUGGUCUGUGGCCUGGCAUAUAUGUUAGGCCCUAAUGAGGCCCGACCAAUCGGAGGGGGGAGGCUGCUUCUGGGCUAUCUUUCGGCCGCCCCGGGAACAGAAUUGCGCUGGCCCCAUGCGUUGCGGCUUUGGUCGGGCGUGGUGUGUGUCAGAUGAAUUGCCGAGGGCCCCUGGCGGUCCAAUCUUAAGCGGCCACACCAUUGUCCAGAGCUUGUGGCCGUGCCAAUUCCAAGCCGCACACCCUCCCAAAUGAAGCACGCGCAAAAAUGGAUGGCGUUGCGCUAUUCAAGCAAGUUGCCCCGCACAGGCACACGGCAUGGGACCCAGGAAUGGUCCACAUCCGGAUCGUGGUCUUUCAUUUUGGCGGGAGAUUCGGCAUUUUUAUGGGCAGGCGAAAAUUGAAAACCUUGACUUUUUGAAUUCCUUUUGAAAUCAUUUUGAAUAUGAAUUAACGCCAAGGCACUUUGCGAUUAACAUACGUAGUGCAACAAUGGUUGCGUCCCCCACGACCAAAUGAACUGCAAAAGUAUCGUACUCGUAUAAAUGCAUUACAAAUUUCCUCAGCAUGAGAGAUAAAAUUUGUAAUGCGGAUUUCCCUUAAGCUAAAGAUUUGUAAUGCAAGACUUGCAUUUAUACGAAUACGAUACUUUUGCACAGGAUAGACCAAAACCCUCUUAACCUCUUCCGAUGAACUUGAACAUCAGGACCACGCAGUAAAAAAUUCGGAGCCUGCUUUGAAAAAACAAAAAAUGCCGUCUAUCAAAAUGAAAAAUCCCCCCUCCCCACAUCAAAACGAAAUUUCUGAUGCUGGAUUUGCGUACACAAAUUAGAUUUGUCUUGCAGUAGGGGACUGCAGGCCCAUAUCAUGCCAAUGUAGAGAGGUUUUGGCCUAGGCACUUAGCAUGAGGAGCGUCUACGCUGUAGGCCCAGUAGCAUUACAAAUCGCCUGCAUAAUGGGGCAGAGCCUUUGCCGUUGCUUUCUUGCAAGACAGACACGAUUUGUGGCCACAAAUAAGCAUCACAAAUUCUCUCAGGUGUGCCUUUUCGAUAUGAGGAGGGGGGAUUUUUCCGUACGAUACCGUCAAAACUAGACGAUGUGGACCUCACGGUCAAGAUCGUUCCGACCACCCCCUUAUCAAAUGCAAAUGUGUCUGGGUCUGGAAAUUUGUGAUGCUAACGUUUGAAUAAGAUUGGCGCUCUCAGGUGCAGCCAAGCAUGACAAGGAUACUUGUCGCCGUCUGAUGCGAAGCACGCAUGACAAACCGCGUUUUUGCAGGACGAAAAAGUAGGGCCUUUCUUGCUGGCUGUGCAACACAGAUUUUUCAGGAAUGCAAGACAUGCAACACAAGUUCCAGAAAUUUCCAGACCCAGACAUUUUUGCAAUGCAUACCCUUACACCGACCAGAAACCCGGAACUUCCGGGGUGCGGAAGAAGACCAAAGUGUUUAUGCAGGAGAAUUACAUAGAAAACUUUGUCCAGGCGACCUUGGAUGCGGUUCCGAGCGACACGCCAAAAACGACCCUGUUGAUCGCGACAGACGGACGCUACUACUCCGACAUCGCGAUCCAAAAAGUCUUGCAGGUGGCGCUUGGGAACGGGGUCAAGGAGGUGCUGGUAGGGUUAAACGGUUUCUGCUCAACCCCAGCGGUGUCUGCGGUCAUCCGCACCUCGAAAACGCCGAUUUUCGGCGCUUUCAUCCUGACCGCGAGCCACAAUCCCGGGGGCAUCGACGAAGACUUUGGCAUCAAGUACAACGGCGCCACGGGGGGGCCGGACGAGGGGGUCUAUCAAGUCAUGUACAAAAACAGCCUGAACAUAUCAAAUGCAAAAGUGUCUGGGUCUGGAAGCAUGCAAGUUUGUCAUGCUUGUCUGGCAUGACUCGAGAAUCUGUGUUGCAUAGGCACGAAAAGGCCCUCUUGCCUGUCAUGCAAAAACGCAGUUUGCCAUGCGGAAUACGUAAGACAUGGGAGCCAAAAUAUUUUGAUUUAUCAUGCAUAGCUACGUAUUGCAGUGCGUCUACCAUUCACUUUUAGCAUUACAAGUUUCCAGACCCAGACAUUUUUGCAUUUCAUAGAACAUCAAGGAGUACAAGUCGAUUGCAAACUUAGGAGCCGUACUGGGAAGUACAGUUUGACGAGUUCUUGUUGUUUGAUACGGUUUUGAAAAUUUCUUACUGGCCCGGGGCUCCUGGUAAUGCGACAAGCAUCAAAUAUUGAUUUAACAUGAGAGCGAAUUCAGCAGGAUAUAAUUAUGCAUGUUUUCAAAAAGAACAACUAAAUUUUUAUUUUCGUGCGUAAUUUCCAUCAUUUUGAACCGCACCAGCUGAAAUUCAAAUUUCAAAAGGCACCGCUCCCUCACCCUGGUUCGCGGCGGAUAUGGACUACACGUUCGCAGACCGAAGCGUGAAAGUGAUCGACACCGCAAAAAUUCACUGCGACCUGUUGAAGGAGGUCUUCGACUUUCCUUUGAUGAAGCGGCUGAUCCUAUCCUGAGUAAAAACGUCCCCACCCCAGAGUCAAGAUGGCACAUCUGCUAGACAAAUCCACAAGUUUUGGGAGUUGUGCAUGACAAGUUUGGCCUCGUAGUGUAAUCCUGUUCCGCUUCUAUUUCAUCAGCAUCACAGACCUAACACAUCAUGCCGAUUAGAGCACGACAAAUUACGCAACACGGCUGGAAAAUGCUUCUCAUGGGACUCCGCAUGAGCAGAAAUAUUUUCAGUUAGCAGAUUUGCAUGACAGCUAUGUGGUGGGGACGUUUUUACAUAGGAUACAUCGCGCACCCGAAAUUUUCCGCCAAGUUUGACUGCAUGUGUGGGGUGCAGGGUAUGGCAUUCUCAAACGUUACAUUCUCAACUGUUACAUGAUUUGUCAUGCAAAAAGAACAUGAGCCGCCAGACGAUCAAGCUGCUUCGCAUGACAAAUUAUCGAAGGGCUAAACAGCAUCUAAAUCUGUGCCAAAUUUAUUGUAAUGCAAGACUUGCAACCCUGCCCCUUUCCCUAUUGCUGUUUUUGCAUCGCUAAUUCGUGUAACAGUUGAGAAUGUAACGUUUGAAAACGCCAUACAGGGGCCCUACGCGAAGAAAAUCUUGAUCGACGAACUGGGAAUGAAGUCGGAAAGCAUCUUGAGAGGUAUAGAUGAGGUGGACAUUAAGUUCUUCUAAAUACAUCUAGCGCGACAAGGACAAGGACAAAUAAGGCUGUUUGUAAUUAUCAUGCACUGUCGGACCUGGGUACAGCGGAUGAAGAAAUAAAGGAAAUCAAAAAAGCAACUGUAGUUUGUGGUUGUGCAACAUGUACUUAUGUACCUCCUAACAGUGUGAGGUGGACCAGGGCGUGAAUAAAUAACGUAGAAACAUGCAUUACGUAUCAGGAACUCCCCUCCCGGACUUUGGCGGCCAUGACGCGCCCCACCACGGCCACGCGGACCCGAAUCUUACACACGCACACGAUUUGGUAAAUAAGAUGGGUCUGGACACGGAAGGAAAGAAGUUACCGAACACCAAUCCCGCGGACUUUCCUUUUUUCGGCGCCGCGUGGGACGGGGACGCGGACCGAAACAUGAUUCUCGGGCGGCAAUUAUGCUUUGCAAAUAUGCCUGGGUCUGCAAGACCGAAACCAAACUUGUGAUGCUGCAUUUGGACGCUAAAAAAAUGUGUAAUUGCAUGACCAGUAAGAGGAGUCAAAUUUGGCGACUCGGAGAGGGCAUUCGUCAUGCAGGAUGCGCAUCGAUAAGCGCUCAAAAAAUCUGUGAUGCUAUGGCAUACAUCACAGACAUCAUGGAUCAUGACAAAGUUGUGCUCCUCCAGACCCAGACAUUUUUGCAUUUGAUAGCAAUUUUUCGUUAUUCCCUCGGAUUCCUUGGCCUUCAUCGUGGACCAGGCAGACGAGUGCAUCCCGUACUUCAAGAAACAGGGCAAGCUGAAAUCCGCAGCGCGGUCCAUGCCGACAAGCAGGGCGUGCGACACCGUCUGUGCAAAGAAGGGGAUUCAAAUGUAUUGUAAUAGCUUGAGUGAAGAUCAUAGAAUCUUCCGCUUGUAAGUACUUGGUGAAGAGUAAGUUGAUUCUUGAUCUUGUCGGUAAGAAGUCAUCGACGUGUAAAAGAAAGUACUAUAAUUGGUGCACGUAGAAAUUUCUGCUCCUUUCUGAUGAACAAUCCAGAUGAACAAUCCAAGGCUCUUUGUAGUACGGUAAAGCUCUAAAAAGUUUCAUCUUCUUCUGAAGAUGUUUUGCAUACAGCAUCCAGCUGAAACAAAACAAAAGGUUCGAGACUCCGACCGGGUGGAAGUUUUUUGGGAACCUGAUGGAGUCCGGCGACUGCCCGGCGUUCAAGGGCAAACCGCUACACAAACCCCUGAUCUUAUGCGAGCGUCAGGAUUGAAAUCGAUAAAGUUGAAAAAUUUGUGAUGCAUAAAAUCGAUACCAGUUGGAUAAUCCAAGCAGCGCAUGACAAAUUUUGGCACCAUCUGAAUCCAGUUUGUCACGCUGUUUAGGGAAAGAAGACGUCUUGUGUCAUGCUGCUAUAGCAGCUCUAUCGCAGACCCCAAACAGGCUGACAGUCGGCCUCACUUGCCAUCCCUGCAAGAGAGGCACUUCAUGCGUUGCAAUUUAUGCAUGGGAAAUUAUUUCAACUUUGUCGAUUUCGAUCCUGACGCUUCCAUAGAUCUGCGGAGAGGAGGCGUUUGGCACGGCCAGUUGCCACGCGAGGGAAAAGGAUGGCAUGUGGGCGGUCUUGUGCUACUUGCAGAUUUUGGCGGUCAAGAACGAAUCAAAACUGGACAGUAUUUUUUGUCACUUAUUCUGGUUUUAUAUAUUUGCCUCGGAUUUUGUGUCAGUAAAAUUCUUCGAGUGCUUUAUGCUUCCAUGUAUGAAUGUAUAGUCGGGUGUGCAUACUUAAUUUGAGAAGUGACGGAUCGUGAAACGACAAUUGCAAAGACGGUAGAACAAGAAGAAAAGCGAGCCGCUAUUGAACCGUCAACAAACCAGCCGCCGACGCGACCUUGAUUGGGGUAGAAGACAUCGCCAUUGCGCACUGGCUCACGUACGGGCGUCACUUCUUAUCGAAUGCAAAAAUGUCUCGGUGUGGAAGAAUGCAGCUUGUGAUGCUGCAUUUGGAUUCCAAAAAAAUCUGUAUUGCAUGAGCAGCAAAGGGAGCGCGUUUUUUGCUACGCGGAGAGGGCAUUUGUCAUGCCGAAUAGGCAUCGAGAAGCCCUCAAAAAAUCUGUGAUGCUAGAGCAUGCAACACGGACAUCAUGGCUCAUGCGACGCGUGCAUGACAAGUCUCAGAAUCUUCCAGGCCCAGACAUUUUUACAGUUGAUACUUCUACGCACGAUACGAUUGGGAAGGGAUUGACAAGGAGAAAGCCGAAUCCUUUUUCAAGGCAUAUGGUGCUCUCAAAUGUUACAUUCUCAACCGUUACAUGAAUUUGUAAUGCAAGAAUGGCAAAAGUGAAAGGAAGGACGUCGCCCGUCUUGCAUGACAGACUUGGCACAGGGCCUCAGCCUGUUUGGCCGUCUAAGAAUUUGUCAUGCGAUGCAGCUUUAUGGCGUUGAUAGUCAAGGCAAUUUUGCACGACAAAUCGCGUAACAGUUGAGAAUGUAACAGUUGAGAGCGCCAUAAGGCACUGGAGCAGAGGAUACCGGGCCUGAAGGGGCAAUCGAUGGGCGCGCCGUUUGACGUGAAGAUAGAAAACGCGGACUCUUUUAACUACACGGACCCCGUGGACGGAAGUUCGGCCACCAACCAGGGACUGCGCAUCUUUUUCUCGGACGGUAUUCAUUGAUUUGUGUUGCGUACUUUGUGAUAACAGAGCCGCACUGUCAUGCAGGAUCUUCAUCACCGAAAAAAAUGAAAAAGCAAUACAAUUUUCAAUUUACUAAAACAGGCUCCCGCAUCGUGUUCCGGUUGUCGGGCACCGGCGUGUAUCAAAUGUAAAAAUGUUGUCUGGGUCUGGGAGAUUGCGAGAUUUGUCAUGCUAGUCUGGCAUGACUCUUAAAUCUGUCAUGCACGUUACAACCCAAGAGCUCCAUUUCUCGGUCAUGCAGAAACGCAGUUUGUCAUGCAACACCUAUAACAUAAGCUCAGAAACUUGUCAUGCUGAGCCAGCACUUGUGGCUUCCUCAUGUAUGAUACGCCACCCAGCAUUACAACUUUCCAGACCCAGACAUUUUUGCAAUUCAUAGCGUGGUUGGCGCCACGAUCCGGGUAUACCUGGAGAAAUAUUUGAAGUCGACAAAGGUCGAAGAUUUGGUAAAGAACCACUUGGACGAAGUCGAACCGUUGGGCGCAGCCAUGAUCAAAUUUACCAAAAUCGCGGACUUCACGGGACUUCCGGAACUAUCCUGUGCAAAAGUAUCGUACUCGUAGUAAUUGCAAACAUGCAUUACAAGUCUUUUUCUUAAGGUGAAUCCGCAUUACAAAUUUCAUUUCUCAUGCUGAGGAAAUUUGUAAUGCAUUUAUACGAAUACAACGAUACUUUUGCAAUGCAUAGGAACCCACACUGCGGACAUGAGGACGCUGCUGGUGUGUGGCUGCUCAGGAGGAAAAACGUAGAUUUUACACAGCGCGGAUUUUUUUGAAAGAUAAUAAACAAAGACGAACGUCGUGGUAAUUAAGUACAUGAGCGCGGCUGCGAAGGAGUGAUAUGAACUCCUAAGCCAGAAAAUUUUUAUGAUAGGCUUAUCUACUUGGAGCAGCACAAGCUGCGCCCGAGGUAUACAUAGAUACUCUUUUGAACAAACUCCCGGCCGCGUCGAAGGCCGAUACUAUCAGAACCGCAAGAAAACAUGCUUGUUUUUCGCGUUUGUCAUGUUGACGACACCAGUGAUCCUCUGUCUUUGCAGAGUAGAGUAGACGAUGAAACAAGGAAUAAGCAUAAAGGAAUACAACACCCAGGCCAGUUUUUGCUGGCACAAAGACUAAAUACAAACGAGUCGGGAGUUGUCCGCGUCUAUCUUCCAACGAUGAACCAGCGACAAGACAGAUUCAUCUUACCGCAUGGGAUCGAAAGAAGAUUAAGAUUGUUCACCUCACUCGUCAGAGUAGGUCGCGGCGACAAGAAUUGGCACUGAGU